CCAUAAUUCUCUUUUAGCCCCAAAGAAUCGCUCUUUUUUUCUUCCAAGCUUUGAGUUUCUCGGCAAAACAAAAGAGCUCUCUGAUUACUUUUGUUUUUAGCUUUCUGCUUAAUGGAGGGACCUUGAAACUCCUCUCUCUGCUUUGCGUUUCGUACAUUUCCUACAGUUAUUCAAGCUCUCAAUCCUCAUCUGCUAUUAACUUGUGCUAAUUCUACUCCACCCACUUUCAGGAUUAUUUAUCAGCAGGUCGUCGGGCAAUUUUAAACUUUAUUUAUCUGAUGUCUCCACCGCUGUUGGAUGUUGAGGGGGGUGGUCGGGGUAAUGCUCCAUUGAUGUCAUCUUCAGCAUCCGGGGACUGUAUUUCCCAGAGUGGCUCGGGGUUGAAAGAAUGCAAUUUUCUGGGAUUGUCUGAUUGUUCUUCAGUGGACAGCUCAGCAGUCUCAAAUGUGUGUGAGAAAAACAAGAAUAAUUUGAAUUUUAAGGCCACGGAAUUGAGGCUUGGUCUUCCUGGAUCCCGAUCCCCAGAACGAGAUUCAGACUUUAGCCUGCUGAGUUCUGGCAAGCUCGACGAGAAGCAGUUGUUUCCGUUGCUUCCUUCCAAGGAUGGAAUCUGCUCGUUGAUGCAGAAGUCCAUUGUUUCUGGAAACAAAAGAGGAUUCUCAGACACCAUGGACGGAUUUUCUGAAAUAAAAAGUUCUGUUUUUACUGAAGGAAAAUGGAUGUUCAAUGCUAAUGGUUCUGACUCUGGAACUCCUCAAUCUGUUGUCGAGGCUAAGUUAGCUGGCAAUGCCGGAAUAAAUGUGAUUCUCGCAAACAAUUCAUCCGGGGCUCAGCCAUCCAUGAAGAAAGAGGUGCCUACAAGAGCACCAAAGGAAGGCCAAAACAAGAUGAAUGGUUCUAACAAUAACAGCAGUGCACCUGCUGCUAAGGCUCAGGUGGUUGGUUGGCCUCCAAUCAGAUCUUUCAGGAAGAAUACUUUGGCCACAACCUCAAAGAACAAUGAAGAAGUUGAUGGUAAACCUGGUCCUGGUGCUCUUUUUAUCAAGGUCAGCAUGGAUGGUGCUCCUUAUUUGAGGAAGGUGGAUCUCAGGAUGUAUUCCACAUAUCAAGAACUUUCUUCUGCUUUGGAAAAAAUGUUCAUGUGCUUUACGAUAAGAAAAUGUGGAUCCCAGGAAACUCCGGAUAGGGAAAUGCUGGGCGAGAAUAAGUUCAAGGAUCUUCUGCAUGGAUCAGACUAUGUGCUAACAUUCGAGGACAAGGAUGGUGACUGGAUGCUUGUUGGAGAUGUGCCGUGGGGGAUGUUUAUUGAAUCAUGCAAGAGGCUCAAGAUUAUGAAAGGCUCUGAUGCUAUUGGAUUAGCUCCCAGGACCAUGGAGAAAUCCAAGAACCAGAACUAGCUUUCCACUGAAGGCUACUGCUUCCAAAUGGAAAAAUCCUGAGGAGCGAAAGGAUAACAGAUGAAAAUAUGAUGAUCUAAAGAAUGACUGCUUGCUUGAGCUGUAUUUGGAGAAUCCUUUUGGUGUUUGUAUGUGUUAUUGAGUGCAUUCUAUGUUCUUGUUAAUUUCUGUUUGUCUUAAGAUUUAUCGGAGAACAAUGUUUGUGGAGUUCGUAUUUCUUUUAUUGGAACUACUACUACUACUAAGUUCGUUGUAUUUGUUGAAUGUGUGUGGUACUUUUUAGACAAUUUUUUUUUUUUUCAA